AUGGAAGCCUUCUCUUCUGGCGCCAACAUCUCCAUGAUUGGUCCAUUCGGUGUCGGUUUCUACUCUGCCUGCCUCAAAAUGCGUGCAGUGGUUUCCAAACACAACAAUGACGAGCAAUACAUUUUGGGAGUCUGCCGCUGGUGGUACCUUCACUAUUACCCUCGACACCGUCAACCCCCCAGACGUGGUUCUGAAAUCCGUCUGUACCUGAAGGAGGACCAACUCGAGUACCUCGAGGAGAAGAAGAUCAAGGAGAUUGUCGCGAAACAUUCCGAGUUCAUUUCUUACCCAAUCAAACUCGCUGUCACGAAGGAGGUCGAGAAGGAAGUUGAGGAUGACAAGGAGGAGGCUGAUACCGACAAGCCCAAGAUCGAGGCGGUCGAGGAUGAAGACGCUGCGCUGAAAGACAAUAAGAAGAAAGUUAAGGAGCAAGAGACCACUACCGAGGAGCUCAACAAAGCCAAGCCUGUCUGGACUCGCAACCCGUCAGAAAUCACGACUGAAGACACUUCUCCGUGGAAGGUCAACUCGAAUUCAAGGCCAUCCUCUUCAUUCCCAAGCGUUCAGGGCGCCGUUCGACCUCUUCGAGCCCAAGAAGAAGCGCAACAACAUCGUUCGCCGUGUCUUCAUCAUGGGCAUCGUCGACUCGGAGGAUCUGCCCCUCAACAUCUCCCGUUGCAGCAGAACAAGAUCCUCAAGGCCAUUCCCAAGAACAUCGUGAAAAAGUGCAUGGAGGUCCUGGCUGAAAUUGCGGAGGACAAGGACAACUUCACCAAAUUCUACGACGCUUUCGGCAAGAACCUCAAGCUCGGUAUCCACGAAGAUGCCCAAAACCGAAGCAAACUCGCCGAGUUCCUGCAUUUCUUCUCGACCAAGUUGUCCGAGGAGCAGACCUCGCUCAAAGAAUAUAUUACCCGCAUACCCGAAAUCCAAAAUCCAUCUACUACCUUACCAGCGAAUCUUUGGCGGCCACCCGUCACUCACCAUUCCUUGAGAGAGAAGGGCUUCGAAGUUCUGCUGCUCGUCGACCCCAUUGACGAGUACGCCAUCACACAACUGAAGGAGUUCGAUGGCAAGAAGUUCAUCUGUGUGUCGAAGGAGGGUCUGGAGCUUGAGGAGACGGAGGAGGAGAUGGCGACACGUGAUGCAACCCCAUCGUCAAGGAGCUCAAGCGUAAGGGGCGAUAAGUCUAUUGGCGACUUGACCUAUCUGCUCCUCGAGACGGCGCUGCUCACUUUUGGCUUUGCUCUCGAUGAUUUCGCCAAGCGCAGCCACCGAAUGAUUGCACUUGGUCUCGAUGUUGACGAGGAAGAGGAGCAGCAGACGACAGAAAUGUUCACCGCCAUCGACGACUGCCGCCACAGAAGCUACAAAAGGGUCUUGAGAGUGCUUUGCGGAGUUUACAUCUACUACGACGUGACUACAUCUGCUGCAUUUGUUUUUGAUUCCUCUACACACAAACUUCCCGAAAUGCGCCUCGGAAUUGUACCAGGUAGUGAUGACUGCUCAUUAGAGUCUCCGAAGCGAUAA